AUGCUCAUCGUUGCGCCAGAAUGUGAUGUAAUGCCCAUAGCUCAAUGGGAAGGCUCUCCAUCCAAGAGACAAAUAGAAUUAGUGAAACCUGUUACAUUAGUUGUUGUUCAACAUACUGUGACUAAGGAGUGCUCGACUGAUGCUGAUUGCGAGAAAAUCGCGAAUGGAAUCAGAUCUUUUCAGAUAAAUGAUGUAAAAUUUGAUGAUAUUGGACAAUCAUUUCUUAUCGGUGGUAAUGGAAAAGUGUACGAGGGUGCCGGGUGGCGCGUCGGAGCACAUACUUUGGGCUACAAUGACAAGUCUAUAAGCAUGUCUUUUCUUGGUGACUUUAGAGAGAAACUACCAAGCGAACAGGCACUAAAAGCUGCUCAAGAUUUUCUAAGUUGCUCCGUCGACAAUAACAAUUUGAAUGGAGAGUACUAUUUGGUCGGUCAUAUGCAACUCUCCGCUACACUAAGCCCUGGCGCUACGUUACAAAGCCAUAUCGAAACCUGGCCUCAUUGGCUUAAUGAUACUAGUAACAUU